CGGGCAACAAAAGGUAGCUCAAUACGUUUAAACAAACAAAUCCAUAAAGUGUCUAAAUGUAAACACGAGCCGCUAUAUCUGACAAUUUCUAAUUAAAUUAUGUUAUCAUAGUACAAAUAUAUAAUCUUUAUGUUCAAGAGAUUAUCAUUUACUUUAAAUUGAAAUCGAAAUAAUAUCAUUCAUGUUUUUAGCAUUUAGAUAAAUCUUGAUCUUUAGUAAUCACGUUGUUAGAGAUGGAUAAUCAAUACAACAUAGUUUUAGGAGCUUUGACAAAAGCAUCUAGUCAGAAUGCUGAACUUUUAAAAGAUGCAGAAAUUCAGUUGAAGAGUUGGGAGACUGAAAGAGGAUUUUAUUCUAUUUUAUUGAACAUAGCCUGUGAUAUCAAUUUGCAUGUUAACAUACGAUGGUUAUCAGCCUUGUGCAUUAAAAAUGGUGUUGAUCGUUACUGGCGUAAAACUGCUCCCAAUUCUAUUGAAAAUGAGGAGAGGAUUGCAAUCAAACAGAAAUUAUUGAUGUGUUUGAAUGAACAAGUCAACCAAAUUGCCCUUCAAUUUGCUGUCAUAAUCUCAAAAAUAGCUCGUUUUGACUUCCCUAAAGAGUGGGCUGAGCUAUUUCCAACACUAUUAAAUAGUACACAAUCCGUUAAUAAACUUGAACAGCAGAGAGCCUUAUUAACCAUGCAGCAUGUGAUAAAAGCUUUAUCUUCCAAAAGAUUGACAGGGGAUCGUCGUAUUUUUUAUCAGCUUACAAGUACAAUAUUCUCAAAUAUUUUUCACCAGUGGAUAAAUUACAGCAAAUUAUUUCUCCAGGAAGUUAAUGGUGAUGCUCUUCAAGUUAGGGAACUACUUGAUAACUCUUUUUUAACAUUAAAAAUUUUACGAAAGUUAGUCACUUUUGGCUUUAAAGAAUGCUCCAAAGAACCAGAUGCUGUGAAUUUUAUUUUACUCAUAUAUCAACAAAUUGGACCAUUUUUAGACUGCAGAAUGUAUUUGCAAAACAAAGGAACAGUUUUUGAUGUUUGUGAAAAGUAUAUAAUUUUGCUUGUAAAAAUUCUUAGAGAUGUUGUAGAUCUUCAGCCAUUUUCUUUUGUGCAGUUCAUCCAACCUACUCUAGAAUGUUGCAUCACAUUUUGUUUUAAUAGAAGUUUACAAGAUAAAUUGUAUGAAAGACUCAUUGUUCAGUUCAUGAAUGUUGUUAAAAGCAUAUUAAUUUGCCAAGAAUACAAGCCAGCAAAAGUAAUUGAAGAGAAAAACCCUCUGACUAUUGAAGCCCAUAGCAUUAAAGUUUCCUUUUUCACUCUUCCUGUUCUCAAAGAAAUAUGUGAUCAAUUGUUGUCAAGAUAUUUUUUGUUAACAAAUGAGGACAUUUCAAGCUGGGAAAAUAGUCCAGAAGAAUUUGCAUCUGAAGAAGGGGGUGAAUCCUGGAAAUUUAGUUUGCGUCCAUGUACAGAAGUUUUCUUUUUGACACUCUUUCAUGAAUUCCGAAAUUUGCUCACUCCACUGGUUGUUGAAGUUUUGCAAAACAGUCAAACAACUAAAACUACAGAUCUGUUUGGAAUAUUAAAGAAAGAUGCAGUUUAUAAUGCUGUUGGGCUAGCCGCUUUUGAUUUAUAUGAUGAAAUUGAUUUUGAUGCUUGGUUUACUAAUGUUCUUAUUGCUGAAUUACAAAACAAGGAACCUGGGUAUCACAUCAUCAGGCGUAGGGUAAUCUGGCUUAUUGGACAGUGGGUUGGUGUUAAAAUGUCUCCUGACAUGAGACCUUUGCUGUAUGAAGUCAUUUUGAAAAUGUUAAACAGUGAAGAAAAUCUCAUUGUCCGACUUGCUGCAUCUAAUACUCUCAAAGUUGCUGUUGAUGAUUUUGAGUUCAAUUCAGAACAGUUCCUACCAUUCCUAGAGGGUUUCACCACUGCCCUUUUUCUGCUUCUUAAAGAAGUUAAAGAGUGUGAUUUAAAGAUGUCGAUACUUCAUGUGAUAUCAUUUGUGGUAGAGCGAAUGGGUAGUGAAAUUAGACCGCAUGCUGAAGCUUUGUUGCAUUAUCUACCUCAGUUAUGGGACACUUGUGGUGAUCAUAAUAUGCUUCGCUGUGCUAUUAUAUCUUGUUUUGUUCAUUUAGUCCAGGGUUUAGGGACUUUAAGCGAGUCGUUGCAGCCUUUAUUAGUUCCUAUGAUUGCCUUAAGUACAGAUGUACACCAACCCCCUCAUGUUUAUUUAUUGGAAGAUGGAUUAGACUUAUGGUGGGCAAUUCUUGAUAACACGUCUGUUUGUCCUGAUGAACUCUUAAAACUUGCUUCUCAUCUAUUCCCCUUGCUAGAGUAUAAAGGUGAUUCUCUUCCUCCGUGUAUACGUAUUGCAGAAGCCUAUCUUUUGUUGAACCCUAAAGAUUUUCUCAAGAAUUAUGGCCAAGCACUAGUUGAAACAUUCCACGGCACUAUUAAAGACAUGAAGUCUGAGGGUGUUGAUAUGUUACUAAAGGUUGUUGAAACUGUGUUCAUUUUAUUCCCGGAGGAUGGUCCAGUGCUAUUUGAACCAUUAUUGCCUUAUGUGUUGACUUUAGCCUUAGAUAAAUAUGAACUGCCUUUGAGUUCAACUAUUCAAUUGAGUAUUUUGUCCAGAGUUAUAUUACACAACCCAAACUGUUUUAGUAGAAUUUUACAAGCAAAAGCAGAUGAAUGCCGAAAAGAUGUGGGGAGCAUCCUAGAUGAUUUUCUAAUAUUAUGGCUUGAAAGAAUGCCUCUUGCAAAUCCUAUCCAGAGGAAGAAACUUCUUGGAUUAGCUUUAACUUGUCUUCUGACUUCUAAUAUGAACGCUGUUCAUGAAAAAAUAUGUGGAAUACUUUUAGCUGUUGUUGAAGUUUUAUAUGAUAUUACAAAAGUUAAUAGAGAAAACUGUUCUGGAUCUGAUGAUAUGUUGGUCAUUAAUCCAGGAGAAAUAUCUGAUCUAGAUGAAGAAAUUGAAACAGAACAAGAUAAAAGAAAACGGGAGUUAACAUUAUUGGAUCCUGUUUAUACAGUGGUAUUGAGAGAUUAUUUAUACAACCAAGUAAUGGCCUUACAGCAAUCAGUAGGUGCUACAAAAUUUCAAGAUCUUAUGUCUACAGUUGAUGUUGAAACCAUGGAUGAAUUGCAAGUCUACCUAAAGCAAUCAUAAAAUUGUAAAUGCAAUACUUUUUAUAUGAGCAUGCUAAAGAAUGAAUCAUGUAAAUAAGGAACACGUGGGACGAUCAUAUUAUGAAAUAUUGAGUAUGAAAUAAAUCUAAUUUUUACAGUUGUUUUUAAUGAUAGGAAUAUUUUUUGUGCCAUAAAAAACAAUCAAAAACUUAAAUGAGAACAGAAACAUAAAUGUUUAAAAGAAGGAUAUGUGCACUGACAAGUUUAAAUGCAAUUUAUAUCAUCAAUUGUUUGUUAACUUAUUCUUUUUGAAUUAAAGCAAGCGGGUUGUCAGAAUUCUUUUAAUCCGUUACAAUUUUUAGUAAUCUCUUAAUAUUUUUUAUUUGCAAUUUUGAGCUUUUUUUUUUCUUUGGGAAUUAUUUGUAUGUAAACUUUUAUGUUAAAAGUUAAUAGCAUCUUUAUCAUCAUUAACUAGUCGACACUUAUUUUCCUUUCAUUGCUCAUUAUAUUUUAUUGUGUUUAAUUUUUGUUUUGUUGAAGCCAAAAAAUUUUGAAAAAUAAAUCUUUUUUAUGA